AUGCGGCCGGGGCGGAAGAAGGCCAUGGCCCUGGAGGACACGGAGCUCCGGUCCCUGCGGAUCCCCUCCACAGCGCACCGGGGCGCCCUGUCGCCCUCGAAGCACUCCUACCUCCCCACGCUCCAAGAGCAGGCGAGGGAGGACAGGCCACAGCUCGCCAUCAGCGUCAAGGCCAACGACCAUGCCGUGCAAGAGGCCCAGCGCAGCGCGCGGCCGGAGACGCAGCCACUGACCGACCUCUCGGCGGAUUUGCUGGAGAGCAUGAAGGUGGAGUUCCUGGACCAAGGCGGCGCCCUCAACGGCGAGCAGUUCGUGCGCGCUAUGCUGAGGAACUCGGACCUCACCGCAGACGCGCAGGAGACAAACGAGCCGGUCCUGGGAGCGGCGAAAGCGGCCGCAGUGAUGGACCUUUUCUCGCACGUGGAUGUGCACGGCGAGGGCUCGGUGAGUUGGGAGGAUGUCUCAAACUACUUCAUCGAGCAGGGCAUGUCAGGCGGGGAUGAGUUCACUGUGGACAGCAUCAAGACCUACGAGGUGAGUCAGGUGAAGGAUGUGUCGAAGCAUGAAACUCCGGUGGAGAAGUUGGUCUACUUAGAGCAGAUCGACUCCUUAGUCUGCCUCUCCCGUGGCUCCCGGAGCUUUCGGCUCUACGAGCCGAAGCGCUGCGCGCUGCAGCACCAGGUCUCCGGGCACCGGGGCACCGUCAUCAACUGCUGCUACGUGGACGCCUGGGCGCAGAUCGCCACCACGGCCGCGGACAUGACCAUCUGCUUCUGGGACUCCCACCUCCAGCUCCGCAACCGCCUGGCGGCCAAGGACGUCCAGCUGUGCCUACAGUGGGACACGGUGUCCAGAAGCCUCUUCAGCGGCGCCAUAGAUGGCACACUCAGCAGAUGGGACUUGAACAACAUGACCCUCGCGGACCUCCGGAAAGGGAAUCACAAGAAGGCCAUCAACGAUCUCCUCAUGGUGCAUGACAUCAAUCUGCUGGCCUCGGCGUCAUCGGAUGGCAGCAUCCUGAUGUGGGAUACUGCGAUGAUGAAGCCGAAGAAGACCUUCAAGGGCCACAAGAAGGGCACCUUCUCGUUGGCCUACUCCAUGGCCCGGCGCCCGGACUUCCGAGAAAAAUCCACGGCCAGCGGCGGAACCAAUGACACGACAAAGAAUCCAGUGGGAACUGCCUGGUCUCGCCUGCUAUGGUAG